CGCUCGCUCGCGUUUGUCGGCCCGGCUGGACGGCAGACAUCUGGCAGCGGCGGCGACCCCCGUCUCCAAGGAUGAAGAGAACGAAAUGGAGAUGGGGCCACACUUGGGGGAGCAACGGAGCGCACCUGAAAGGGACUCUAGCAGCAGUGCUGCUGGUGGGGAAUAUGGUCCUCGCCACCUCACAGGAUGACGGGCAAGCCUCCAACAGCCUGGAAGAAGGAGCCGACCUCACCGCUUACUGGUGGGGCGAGUGGACCAAAUGGACAGCCUGCACCCGGACCUGCGGGGGAGGGGUCAAAUCCCAAGAAAGGCAUUGCCUCCGGCAGAGAAAUAAAUCCGUGAUGGGUUUUCUUAAUAAAACGUGCACUGGAACUUCAAAAAGAUACCAGCUGUGCAAAGUACAACCGUGUCCUCCAAAUGGACGGAGCUUCCGAGAAGAGCAGUGCUCGUCCUUCAACUCCCACGUGUACAGCGGGUGGACAUAUCAGUGGAAACCUUUAUACCCUGAUGACUACGUCCACAUCUCCAGCAAGCCCUGUGACCUCCACUGCACCACCACAGAUGGUCAAAGACAAUUAAUGGUCCCAGCCCGGGAUGGGACAUCCUGUAAAUACGCGGAUUUUCGAGGGGUUUGCGUGUCUGGAAAAUGUGAGCCCGUUGGAUGUGACGGGGUGUUGUUCUCCACCCACACAUUGGACAAAUGUGGCGUUUGUCAAGGGAACGGGAGCAGCUGCAUCCACGUGACCGGGAGCUACCGAAAGGGGAACCCCCAUCUGGGCUAUUCUCUGGUGACCCACAUUCCUGCUGGAGCAAGAGAUAUCCAAAUAGUGGAAAGGAAGAAAUCUGCUGAUGUUUUGGCGGUUGCAGAUGAAGCUGGCUUUUACUUUUUCAACGGCAACUUCAGAGUAGACAGCCCAAAAAACUUCAACAUCGCAGGGACAGUUUUCAAAUACAGGAGGCCGAUGGAUAUCUAUGAGACCGGCAUUGAGUAUAUCGUAGCCCAAGGGCCCACCGACCAAGGUAUAAACAUCAUGGUUUGGAACCAAAAUGGAAAGAACCCGUCGAUAACGUAUGAGUACACCCUCCUGAGGCAGCCGCAUUUUAAAAACAUGCAGCCUAUUUACUAUACUUUCUCUGAAUCAGACAGCGAGGAAAGCAGAGAGCUUGACGGCGAAGAGACGUUGGCCUUUGUCCAGCACAAUGCGAGUUUCUUUGGGACACGCUCCAAAGGAAAGCUCCACCUAGACGGCCAGAUGUUUGGGAGCCAGCAAGAAGACGUGAGUAGAGAUCUGGACUUCAGCAAAAUUCAGGAGACCAACGAAGUCUAUGAAAGAGUGGAAAGUGAGGACUACGAGGCAGCCCUGAAAGGCCAGCAGCUCAAAGAUUCAAACACAACAAAGUCCAGUUACAAGGCGGAGGGCAAUGGCAGGGCACGGGACUCCCAGCUAGCGUCCAAGGAAUUAUUUCCAGAGAAUGCCAUCAGCCACAAAUUUUUGGACAAGAUGUCUGAUCCAAAAGAAUCCAGUUGGAACAAGACCACAAACAGUAUAUUUUUCACAAGGAACCCCACCGAUUCCGUAGGCUCCCACAUCGACAGUCUGUAUGUGGAUUAUGAGGACAGCCAUGAUGACAUGGUGGGCUAUGCCAUCAACGGCACCUUCCUGGAGCUGAGCAGCGAUAAAACCAUCAACACCUCUUCGGAGGCACCGUGGCCCAAUGCCACCCUCCCUCAAGGGAACAGGACCCUCAAAGCCAGGAACCGGCUGAAAUUGUUUCGGAAGGGUCAGAACAUGAGUCCUGCAGACAUGUACCGGUGGAAGCUCUCCUCUCACGAACCCUGCAGCUCGACCUGCACCACAGGUCUAACGUCAACAUAUGCCAUGUGUAUCCGUUAUGAUGGGAUCGAGGUGGAUGAUGGGUAUUGUGAUGCAAUGACACGACCUGAGCCAGUGCAUGAAUUCUGUGCAGGAAGAGAAUGCCAGCCCAGGUGGGAAGCCAGUAGUUGGAGCGAGUGCUCCAGGACCUGUGGGGAAGGCUACCAGUUUCGCAUUGUCCGAUGCUGGAAAAUGAUUUCGCCCGGAUUCGACAGCUCAGUCUACAGCGAUCUGUGCGAGUCUGCCGAGAUCACGCGACCGGAAGAACGGAAGGUGUGCAAGAACCCGGCGUGUGGACCACAGUGGGAGAUGUCGGAGUGGUCAGAGUGCACUGCCAAGUGUGGCGAGCGGAGCCUGGUGAGCCGAGACAUCCGGUGCUCGGAGGAAGAGAGGCUUUGUGAUCCCAGCACCCGCCCUCCGGCUGAGAAGAACUGCACCGGACCCCCUUGCGACAGGCAGUGGACCAUCUCGGACUGGGGCCCGUGCAGCGGAGGCUGCGGGCAGGGACGGACAAUCCGCCACGUGUACUGCAAGACCAGUGACGGGCGCGUGGUCCCAGAAUCCCAGUGCAACUUGGAGACCAAGCCGCUGGCCAUCCACCCCUGUGGAGACAAGAGCUGCCCAGCCCACUGGCUGGCCCAGGACUGGGAGCGGUGUAACACCACAUGUGGACGAGGGGUGAAGAAGCGGGUGGUGCUUUGCCUGGAGAUCCUCGGUGGGAAAGUCAAAACCCGGACCCCGGCGGAAUGCGACGCUGCCGCCCAGAAGCCGGCCGAGGAGGCCACCUGCUUUGAGCGGCCCUGCUUCAAGUGGUACACCACCCCUUGGUCAGAGUGUACAAAGACCUGUGGCAUUGGUGUGCGGAUGAGAGACGUCAAGUGCUACCAGGGGAAGGAUCUCGUCCGAGGCUGUGACCCUCUGGUCAAGCCGGUGGGGAAGCAGACGUGUGACCUGCAGCCCUGCCCGACUGAACCCCCAGAUGACAGUUGCCAGGACCAGUCCGGGACCAACUGCGCUCUGGCCAUCAAGGUGAACCUCUGCAGCCACUGGUAUUACAGCAAAGCCUGCUGCCGGUCCUGCCGAGCCCCCAACACCUAAGCCAGGCCUGGAAGGAGCGAGGGACCUGCAGCCAGCAAGGGGCAGGAGAUUCCGCUGGGGGACUGGAGGGGGGGGCACCCAUUCUGCAAGGCCAAGGGCCCCAUGAAAGCGAGGUGCCUGGCUCGCCUGGUGCCUCCCUCUUGUCAGGCACCAGAGCAGAGGGACGUGGGAGGAUCAUCCGUGGCCCCAACCCGUAACUUGGCUACUGCUGUCACGUGCCUCCGCUGCUCACACAGGAAAGUUGUGUAUAUAGAAGCUGAAACCUUUCCCUCGAGGCUCCGGCGUUGGCUCUGAGCGUUCCCCCUGCCUUGGGAGAUGAUAAGAGCCUCUUGUCCUUUUCUUCUUCUCUCUUCCUGCCCACUCUCUCCACAGUGGUUCUGUAUAAGCCCACUCUCUUUCCGUGUUUUGAUUUGCACAAAUGUACAUCUGGAAUCUUUCUGACCUGCAGACUUUUCAUCAGGUGUGCGUUAAAGAUGAAACGGCCUGGAUUUUCUUUAAAGAAAACCUGUUAUUCAGGAGCAGGAAUGGCAGAGUUGGGCCAUUUCUCCUGCCUGGGACCCAUUUGCCAUUUGUUUGAUGGAAUCCAAAUGCUGGCCAGGCAGCCACGGAUCUCUUUCCGCUUCUGUUCUGGCUUAGCAUGAGGCAAACGGCCUGUAAAUAUAUAUGUUCUAGCUGCCUCCUGUAUAUGCUACUCCCUUCAUGCCUUUGUCUGCUACUUCCUUAAAAGAAAUGAGAUCUGAAAAAAAAAUUGCAAGGAUGACUGCCAGGCAGUUCCCAAGGCCGAGAGAGGCUGAUGGAGAGGGAGCUGGUCGAUGCUCGGCUCUCAGCUUCGGCUUCCAGUUUAGAGAACCUGCUGGUUUCGGAGGUUGACUCCAGAGAGGGAAAGCUGUCCUUGGAUGGCAGGCCAUGGUUGGGGGACCCUCACUAAGCGGCCCCUCUCCUCACCAACCCCCGCCUUACCCAGCUACACUGCAUCCCUUUGCUGGCUGUUCAUUUAAGGCCAGCAGUCUCAGCCUUUGAAAAAACAGAACUCCACAGCCAUGCUUGUGGGAGGUGACCGGAGACAAAGGAAGGCACGCGAUCCUGGCAACUGGAGACGAAGCCCCAAGCCCCAGGCCUGUGCCGUGUAAUGGAAACGACCACGUAACACCAGCUUAUAGUAUGGAAUAAUGAAAACAUAACUGCACUUUAUGCCACAAAAAGAGCAGGGUGCUCUUUUUUUUAAAAUAUAUUUGUUUACAGACGGUGAAUUUUAUCCCCACAACUA